ACGGGAAAGCAGCAUUCUGCGUGGAGAGAGAGAUGCUUGCUCGCCGUUGCCAUGGCCUCCUCCUCCGCCGCCGCCGCCGCCUUCUCCCCAACCUCCCACCACUCUCCACCGCCGCUAUCUCCACCCCGUCUCCGCCUCCGCCUCCGGAUGCUACCCUCGAUGGUGCCGCGCCCGGCGACCCCGGCGCGCUCGCCCCCGACGACGCCAUCGCGUCCCUCCCCACCGUGGCGGACUCCGCGGGCUCCGCGGCGGCGCUGGCGCUGUUCCGCCGCCUCGCGUCGCGCCCGGACCUGCGCCGCCUCAUGCGGCUCUACGUCACCGCGGCCACCGCCUUCGUCGCGAGGGGGAGCCUCCCGAUGGCGCACGAGGUCAUGCGGGGGAUGGUGGCCGCCUUCGGCGAGGCCGGGAGGCUCCCCGAGGCCGCCGACAUGGUCCUCGAGAUGCGCAGCCACGGGCUCCCGCUCUGCGUCGAGACGGCGAACUGGGUGCUCAGGGUCGGGCUGGAGACCGGGAGCUUCGUGUACGCGCGCAAGGUGUUCGACGGAAUGACGAGGGCCGGUGUGUGCCCCGAUGAGCGCAGCUUCCGGGCGCUGGUCGUGGUGUGCUGCCGGGAGGGAAAGGUGGAGGAGGUUGAUGCCUUGCUGGCGGCAAUGUGGCGUUAUGGGUUCUCGCUGGAUAACGCGACGUGCACGGUGGUCGUGCGGUCGCUCUGUGAGAAGGGACGGUUCAAGGAUGUGUCUGAGUUCUUCAGGAGGAUGUUGGAGACGGGCACGCCACCGAACGUGGUGAAUUACACUGCAUGGAUUGAUGGGCUGUGCAAGAGACGCUACGUGAAGCAAGCCUUCCAUGUGCUGGAGGAGAUGGUUGGAAGAGGGUUGAAGCCUAAUGUGUACACGCACACAACGUUGAUUGAUGGUCUCUGCAAGAUUGGGUGGACAGAGCGGGCGUUCCGGCUUUUCUUGAAGCUCAUCAAGAGUAGCUCGUACAAGCCAAAUGUCCACACGUACACUGUAAUGAUUGGAGGGUAUUGCAGGGAGGGCAAACUUGCUCGUGCUGAGAUGCUAUUGGUGAGGAUGGUUGAGCAGGGGUUGAAACCAAACACAAAUACAUACACUACGCUUAUUGGUGGGCAUUGCAAGGGGGGCAGUUUUGAUCGUGCAUUUGAACUAAUGAAUAAGAUGAAGCAAGAAGGCUUCCUACCUAAUAUUUACACAUACAAUGCUGUUAUUGAUGGCUUCUGCAAGAAAGGAAAGAUUCAAGAGGCUUACAAGGUGCUCCGAAUGGCCACUAGUCAGGGGCUCAAGUUUGAUAAGAUAACAUAUACUAUACUGAUAACUGAGCACUGCAAACAAGGUCACAUAACAUAUGCUCUAGAUUUGUUCGAUCGGAUGGUGGAAAAUGGUUGCUGUCCUGAUAUAGAAGCAUACACUAGCCUCAUUUCUACAUAUUGUCAGCAGAGACAAAUGGAAGAAAGUCAGAAAUUUUUUGACAAAUGUCUUAUGAUAGGACUACUGCCAACCAAACAAACGUAUACAUCAAUGAUUGCAGGGUACUGCAAAGUGGGAAGAUCAACCUUGGCUUUGAGGGUCUUUGAAAGGAUGGUUCAAAAUGGAUGUUUUGCGGACUCUAUAACUUAUGGUGCUCUAAUAAGUGGUCUCUGCAAAGAAUCGAGGCUAGAGGAAGCAAAGGCUUUAUACGAAGGCAUGCUUGAUAAACGUUUGGUGCCAUGUGAAGUAACUCGUGUCACUUUAACUUUUGAAUAUUGCAGGAGGGAGAAAACAAGCAUUGCUGUAUCAGUCUUGGAUAGAUUGGACAAACGGCAGCAGGUUCAUACAGUAGAUGUAGUAGUUAGAAAGCUCAGUGCCUUGGGAGAUGUGGAUGCUGCCAGUCUUUUUCUUAAAAAAGUUUUGGACGAGGAUUAUGCUGUUGACCAUGCAACUUAUACUGGCUUCAUCAAUUCUUGUUAUGAAAAUAAUAGAUAUGCCCUAGCUUCUGAAAUGUCUGAAAAAUUCUCAAAGAAAAUAUCUAGCUUUAAAGAAAAAAGAUGAUUUAGCAACAGCCAUUGCUUGAUCAGAAAGGGUGGUGCAUUGCUUCUACUGAUACAGACAAGAAAUUCUACAUUCAAGGUAUAGACCUGACUUUCUCAAAUGGAGUGGGGGAGAACUUGAAGAUAGUAAUGGCAUCUUCUUUGCAUAAAAUUCUGUGAGAACUGAGAAGAAACAAGGUCAUUCGUUGAUUUGAUGGAGAAAUGGUAACAGCUCAGCACUUCAGUAGUGUUUUAGUUUGAUCCUAGUGUUUAUUCUUCUAACACAUCAUUGUAUCAUUUGCCUACAGAAGAACAAGUCUUUCUUGAAUACUUGGGAGAUAGUAGUCACUAACAAAAUCCAUCUGUGCAUUGUAUAAUGAAGGUUAUUUCAUUAACCAUUAUACUGGUUCUGAACAAUUAGUUCAAUUUUGUACUUAAGCAACAAGGAUGUUGUUUCAUAGAAAAGUUAUCCAUUAUUCCUACCAUCUGAAAGUUUCUGCUGUGUGGAUGGUUAACAAUUUGAUUUUAUGCUUAUUCCAGCUAUUCAUGUAUAUUGCUAUAUUGUUGACAAGCUUUCUAGGUUUUAUCAUUACAUGGCCAAACUCCAGUCUGUUUUAAUUCUUCUUUUUAUUUUUCUUUAGUAAACAUGAAGGGCAUGGAAUUUUUGCAUGCACCAUAGACUACAGCUGUCAGCUUUAACUUGUUGCCGUUCAUGGUUUUCUAUUUUUACAUUGUAUAUUACUUACAAGGAAUCCUCAGGUUAUCCAAUUUCCCUGCAUUCUGUUUCGACAAAGAAAAUGUUUAGGUAUUUGUAAUAGGAGUCACACUAUUUUGAAGAUAAAUUAUUUUUACAAUAAUCUAGAAAUGAUAUGUAGAAUCAGGCUCCACAAUACAAUUUACAAAUCUGAUUCAUGCAGUGCUGCAGGUAUGUUACACAUCAACGUUCCUGCUUAUUUUCAUUCUACUUUCUGUAGACCUAAAUCUUAUAUGAGCAGCACUAACUUUUUCCUGUCUUCAGUGGUUCUGGCUGUGUGUGGCUGGAUAUGGCUUUUAAACUACCCUGUCUACCCACAAUAUCAGGGUGUUUGGGACUAUAGGUAUCAGGCUAUCAUCUAAUGUCCUGCAAAAAAUGGGGGGUGAUUAGUUAUGUUGUCUGUUAACAAGCAAUACAGAAAUUUUUUUAGAUGAAAGCUCAACCAGAAAACUGACCAAAGCUGGUGUGGAUGCUGGUAAGUCCAGGAAAUUACUUUCCAGCUAGCAAAAUUGGUGCUUGAUUGUAUUGGUUGUCAAACGUGGGCUGCCUCGACGAUGCUGAAGAUGUCUGUCUUAUUUUGUUAUCCUUCUCUUAUUGGUUCUCAUGGGAUAUUUCUGGCCUCCAUGGAUCUUUCUGCAUCUUGUUUGUUUCCAUGCACAUUGUCGUAUGAAAUCCACUCUCCACCACUCCAGGUUUGUGCCUUAUAGUUUCAUUAAUUUUUCCUCUCUUUCUUUGGUUGCAUAUUUGCUAAUGGUCAGCUUCAUUAGUCCUGUCACGCUCACAGCUUUAGCAAAAAUCUGUGAGAAAAACUGUUAACUUCAUUUCUUUGGUUGCAUAUUUGCUAAUGGUCAGCUUCAUUCCUCCUGUCACGCUCACAGCUUUAACAAAACUGUUUACUUCUUGAGAUUUUAUUAGGUCAUUUAUUCAGUUCACACUUUCAUACUUGUCUGGAUUUUAAAAAACGUGUCAUGCCAGAAAAGAAAGGGAAGGCCACCAAGACAGUUCCGGAAACCAGGUUAAAAAAAAAAAGCUAUUUUGGCUUAAUUUUGUGAGUCUUUUUUAAGAAUUAUGUUAUACGUUAGAAAAUUUCAUGUACAAGAUCUAUUCACAGGGUUACCAUUUUACCAAGUAUACAUUAACACAAAAACACUAUAGAAUAUAAUCUAUAGUAGUCUGUAGUCUAUGUCUAUGUAUACACAUGAAUGUCUGAACGAGAUGUAGCUGCACGACAUUGUGUUCACAGCAUAAAGGUUAGAUACAGUUACUUAUGCAAACCGUGAGGACUCUAGGCUAUUCCUAACAAUCCACAACUAUAGUGAGUACUGUUGUCUCCUUUCACCCUUUCUUGGGAAACAAGUGAAGCUCAUGUGAUACAAUUGUAUGAUCUUCCAGUUAUCUGCCACCGGAUAGCUGAAU